UUCUCACCAAUUCCAUUUCCAAGUUUUUCAUCAAAACCUCUUCUCCUCCAUCCAAUUUCCCAUUCCGUACCAAACACGUCCUUGCACUUCACAGGUAAUUCAUUUAUCUUCUUCCUUUCUGUUCUUGUUCUUUCCUUCAAAUCCAUUGCAGUUUUCAGGUUAUCUUAAUUUUAACUUAUCGGGAAGAAAAGUAAAAGGAAAGGAAAGGAAAGGAAAGGUUUCCGUUCACUAAUUUGUUUGUAUCCAAACAAACUGCAGUCAAAUUGUGCGUGUGAGAUACUUGGACCCACCACAGAUCGUCGUAAGUUAGCAGUUAGCACUCACCAACCGCAACAAUGAUUAUCAACGCGAAGGAGUCAACGCUGGUGCAGCCGGCGGAGAAGACGCCACGGUUGGGAUUGUGGAACGCGAACGUCGACCUCGUAGUGCCGAGAUUCCACACCCCAAGCGUCUACUUCUACAGACCUACUGGUGCUCCCAACUUCUUCGAUCCAAAUGUGGUCAAGGAGGCUCUCAGUAAGGCCCUCGUGCCUUUCUAUCCGAUGGCCGGACGGUUGCGGAGAGACGAGGAUGGUCGUAUUGAGAUUGAUUGCAAUGCCGAGGGCGUGUUAUUUGUCGUGGCGGAGACAAGCUCUGUCAUCGAUGACUUCGGCGAUUUCGCUCCAACUUUGGAGCUCAAGAAGCUUAUUCCAACCGUGGAUUACUCCGGCGGGAUAUCUACCUAUCCUCUCUUAGUUUUGCAGUUGACGUACUUCAAAUGUGGUGGAGUUUCACUUGGAGUUGGUAUGCAACACCAUGCGGCUGAUGGAUUUUCCGGUCUUCACUUCGUGAAUGCAUGGUCAGAUAUAGCUCGUGGUCUUGACAUUACCAUUCCCCCAUUCAUUGACCGCACCCUACUCCGUGCCAGAGACCCACCUCAGCCUGCAUUCCACCACAUUGAGUACCAGCCUCCUCCAGCCAUGAAGGUUCCUGCAGAAAACUUGAAACCAGAUGGUACAACAGUCUCCAUUUUCAAGUUGACAAGGGAUCAGCUUACCACACUCAAAGCCAAGGCAAAGGAAGAUGGAAACACUAUAAGUUACAGCUCCUAUGAGAUGUUAGCAGGUCAUGUAUGGAGAUCAGCUUGCAGGGCUCGUGGACUUGCAGAUGAUCAAGAAUCCAAAUUAUACAUUGCAACCGAUGGACGGUCCAGAUUACGCCCCCCACUUCCACCUGGUUACUUUGGCAAUGUGAUCUUUACAGCAACACCAAUUGCAGCAGCAGGUGAUCUGCAAUCAAAGCCAACCUGGUAUGCUGCAGGCCGGAUUCAUGAUGCAUUGGUUCGUAUGGACAACGAUUACUUAAGGUCAGCCCUUGAUUACCUGGAGCUUCAGCCUGAUUUAUCAGCUCUUGUUCGUGGAGCCCAUACAUUUAAGUGCCCAAAUCUUGGGAUUACCAGCUGGGUUAGGCUGCCCAUCCAUGAUGCUGAUUUUGGAUGGGGCAGACCCAUAUUUAUGGGGCCUGGUGGGAUUCCUUACGAGGGUCUUUCCUUCAUCUUGCCCAGCCCAACAAAUGAUGGGAGCUUAUCAGUAGCCAUUGCAUUGCAAUCAGAACAUAUGAAACUCUUUGAGAAGUUCAUCUAUGAAAUUUAAGAAAUUGAGCCGCUGGCAAUAAAUCAAAGCCAAGGCAGUUUCACAUGGUACCAGAAAUUUUUUUGCUCCUUUCUUUUAUUUCCUUAGUGGCUUUGUUAUCUUUAGUUCUCUACGCAUGGUUAAUGCAAGAAGGGAUUUACAGGGAAAAUGUCCCUUCGAGAGGGCUCGUGUUGUACAUCUGUCACCUGUGAACAAAUGUUAACUUUUUGGAAGAAAAUUAAAAAUUAAUAUGGUUGAAUUUUGUCCCAA